CUGGAGGUUUUUUGAUCGGAGGUUAGUGACGGCUUCUAAUGAUGCCGGGAGGUUUUUUGAUCGGAGGUUAGUGGCGGCCUCUGUUUUUCUCCCUGUAUUUUGGGGUUUUACUUAAGGCUGUGAUCUUCUUGUGAGCCUACUGAUUCUAUGGUUUUUUACAUUAUUGGGUUUAAAGGGCAAAAUAAGAAGGGUAAUCAUUCGCAGAUCAUGGUUGCUUGUGAAUAUGGUUGAUUUUCAAAGGGAUAUAAAUCUUUUUCAUCACCUGUGAAAUGCAAAACUUUGCUGAUGUGAAAGGGUAUAUAUAUAUAUAUAUAUAUAUAUAUAUAUAUAUAUGUUUGCUAAAGAGCAAAACGGGUGUCGUUUCAUACAAUCGGUUUUCGAUGAGGAGAAUCCAAAACGGUUAGGGGCGGUGGGUGUGGCGGGAGUGGUGGCGGCAGGAUGUGGUGGUGGUGGUGGCAAAGAUGUGGUGGUUAGGGUUUUAGGGUUAGGAAUAUGAGGAAGAUAAACUGUAUAUGCAAUUUUUGGGUUUUAUUUAAUAAAUAUUUAAAUAAAAACAUGAAUUGACUAAAAUACCCUUUAAUGAAUAAACUUAACUAAAUUUUUUAACAUGGUUAGUACUAAAGGACGUAUAGUGUAACAUGUUUUGCAAAUAAAGGACUAUGACUGUAAUUAUUAAAGUGAAAGGCUAUUAGUUGUAAUCUGGUAAAAAACAUAAAGGACGAAAAAUGUAAUUUACCCAACUAUAAAUUUGAACAAACAACUCAUAACAAAACAUGAAUAUAAUUAAAGGCUUAAUAUAACCAACUAAAAGUCCAAAACAAAUAAAAUCACAAAUAUUAACUAACACUAAAGCCUAUCAAAAUCUUUGGCUUUUCACUUUUGUAAUAAAACUUUGGAUUUUUAUAUUUUGUAACAAAAAUCAAAUGAGUUUAGUUUAUUUAUUACUUUAUUUUUUCCCGGAUUUUGUCGUCUUUUGGUUGUUAUUUAGUACGGUCUUUGGUAGUCACAUUUAGUCCCUCAAGUUUUUUUUACCCACUCGAUUUUCUGAUACGUGUCAGUAUAAAUUCGACUUUGUAUACGUUUUACCUCACGUGAGUCACUUAGUGUUAGAAAUUCACGUUUUUAUUUCAAGUUUUUUUUUUCCGAUUUUGAUCGUCGUUCGGUUACCACUUAACAUAGCUUUACGCCUCGCCCCGCAAUGUUGGUAGCACGAUUUUAUGCCCCAAACCGUAACGCAGGGGGAGGGGGGGGGGUAAGAGUUAAGACUAGUUUUCAUAAAUUUCUCUUGAAAAAAAAAACCUGAAACAUAAUCACCCGUAUAACACCACAACCACAUAGAGAUGAGAGCCACAUAAUCCUCAAAAAGAUGAACAAUAAACCUCACCCCAUACUUGUCAAUCACACCAUAUCUAUCCACUCCCUCACCGCCACGUGUCAUUCCAUCGUUUCUUGCUUAUCUGAUAAAGAAACCACUCUUCCAAACAAAACACCCAAAAACCUGCAACUUAACAACCUCUUGCUGCUCCUUUGAAGCUCAAAAAACAUAAAAAUGGAGACUGGAGUAGCGUGCUUCGCACGUGGCACAAUCUCGCCAACCGUUGCUUCUCAACAUACAACCUCAUUUGCUUCUCCUCGGUCCAUUUCUCCAUCAUUUGCCACAAGGAGUUUGAAGUCAAGCUCGUUUAUGGGAGAGUCAUUGAGGGUGAUGCCAAGAUCAUCCAUUAAGGUUUCAAAGACACAAAACUCUUCACCCGUAACCAAAUGCGAAAUCGGUGAAAGUCUGGAAGACUUUCUAUCAAAGGCAACCCCGGACAAGGGUCUGAUUAGAUUGUUGAUAAGCAUGAGUGAAGCGAUUAGGACCAUCGCGUUUAAAGUCAGAACCGCGUCUUGUGGUGGCACCGCGUGUGUUAAUUCGUUUGGUGAUGAACAGCUUGCAGUCGAUAUGCUCGCUGACAAGCUUUUGUUUGAUGCAUUGAGUCACUCGCAUUUCUGCAAAUAUGCUUGCUCUGAAGAAGUUCCUGAGCUUCAAGACAUGGGCGGUCCAGUCGAAGGUGGAUUUAGUGUUGCUUUUGAUCCUCUUGACGGGUCUAGCAUUGUUGACACCAACUUCACCGUUGGUACCAUCUUUGGUGUGUGGCCGGGAGAUAAGCUAACUGGGGUGACCGGAAGGGACCAAGUGGCUGCAGCCAUGGGAAUUUAUGGACCUCGAACCACUUACGUUAUUGCCAUCAAGGGUGUCCCUGGAACCCAUGAAUUUCUUCUUCUUGACGAAGGGAAAUGGCAGCAUGUGAAAGAAACAACAGAAAUUGGUGAAGGGAAAAUGUUUUCCCCUGGAAAUUUGAGAGCCACUUUUGACAACCCAGAUUAUGACAAGCUGAUCAAUUACUACGUAAAAGAGAAGUAUACUUUGCGAUACACCGGUGGAAUGGUGCCCGAUGUAAACCAGAUAAUUGUGAAAGAAAAGGGGGUUUUCACAAAUGUGAUAUCACCAACAACAAAAGCUAAGCUAAGGCUGCUUUUUGAGGUGGCUCCAUUGGGACUGUUGAUCGAGAAUGCUGGCGGUUACAGCAGUGACGGGACACAGUCCGUGUUAGAUAAGGUUAUUGUGAACCUUGAUGAUCGGACCCAAGUAGCUUACGGGUCCAAAAAUGAGAUCAUUCGGUUUGAAGAGACGCUAUACGGAUCAUCUAGGCUCGCAUCUGGUGUCCCUGUUGGAGCUUCCGCUUAAAACCCGACCCUUUGUUUUGUAAACAUGUAUUAUUAAGCAUUUAAUAAAAUUUUCAUCUUAUUCAAA